UGCUUCUUCUUCUUCUUGCCAUCUUUCUUUUGCCAAAUUUGAAUCUGCCAUCUUCACCCUAAAUAUCUCACAUUAUACAUCUUCAUGAUCCAAAAAAGAAACAACUAAUAUUGUUGUAUAUUUUCUGUGUUCAUUUUAUGAAGAGAUCAAUCUUAUCUUUCUAAAUUUGCUCAGUUGUAGUCUACAACCUGGAUUUCCCCGUUUCUCUUAUUCCUUAGCAGAACAUUCAUAAAAACCCUGCAAAUCAUGUAAAUAUAUUUCCCAAUCCUUCCAGAACCCAAAAAUCUUAAAAAAAAAAAAAAAAAAAAAAAGUUAAAUUGAGUAUUCGUUACAUCUAUCUUCAUGAUCAUUAUCCUCUCUGCUAAUUAAGUAGUGUUACCCACACUGGCGGAGGUUAAACUUAUUCUAUAGCUAUACCUUUAUAAAAAUUGAUUAAGCAUGUAAUUAACAUCUCCUUUAAUUCCCAAAAUCCUACCUUAAAAAAUCACCAAAAAAAAAAUUUGCUUUUUCUGUUUGUUAAUUUAAGAUCAUAAAAAAAAAAAAAACAAAAAAAAACAAAAAAGAAAGGAUCAGUAUGCCAGAAUUGGAAGUAGGAACACCGACGUCGGCUCCGCCGACACCAGGGACGCCAGCUCCUCUGUUUCCGGUGGGAAGAGUGGAUUCCCUGUCGUAUGAUCGGAAGUCAAUGCCAAGAUGCAAAUGCUUGCCUGUCAGCGUUGCAACUUGGGGCGAACCUCAUACUUGCCUCAUCACCGACUUCCCUGCUCCAAAUGUCUCUCUCACUCGGAAGCUAGGAGCGGAGUUCGUGGGAACCUUCAUAUUGAUAUUCGCCGCAACAGCCGGCCCCAUCGUGAACCAAAAGUACAAUGGCGCCGAGACGUUGAUCGGCAACGCUGCCUGCGCGGGGCUAGCGGUGAUGAUAGUGAUCCUGUCGACGGGCCACAUCUCCGGCGCGCACCUCAACCCGUCUCUCACCAUCGCCUUCGCGGCGUUGCGCCACUUCCCUUGGGCCCACGUCCCCGGCUACAUUGUGGCCCAGGUCUCAGGUUCCAUUUGCGCCUCAUUCCUCCUCAAGGCAGUUUUCCAUCCCUUCAUGUCCGGUGGGGUCACCGUUCCCACCACUAGCGACGGCCAGGCUUUUGUGCUCGAGUUCGUGAUCUCCUUCAAUCUCUUGUUUGUUGUCACUGCAGUUGCCACCGACACUCGUGCGGUAGGAGAAUUGGCGGGCAUUGCAGUUGGAGCUACAGUUAUGCUUAACAUUCUAAUUGCAGGGCCAGCAAGUGGGGGUUCAAUGAACCCGGUUCGAACUUUGGGUCCAGCCGUGGCCGCCGGAAACUACAGGGCACUUUGGAUAUUCAUGGUUGCGCCGACACUUGGGGCGCUGGCUGGUGCCGCUACUUACACCACCGUCAAGCUCCGAGACGACGAGGUCGAACUCCCGGUACGUGAAGUCAGGAGCUUCCGUCGCUAGCUAGCUAGUUAGCUUCAAGACUUGACGUGAUAAUAUCAAUAAUAAUAAUAAUGCAGAAGCGACAUGGGACUUGACCCUUCUAGCAAUAUUAUCUGCAGCUUUUACUCUAUAGGGAUGAAUUAUGAGUCGUGUUUGGAUUGUAGUGUACUCGUCGUCGUUUGGCUUUUCAUUUCACGUGUUUCUCUUCCAAUUAUCAGAAGACGUAGUUUGUAAUGUAUUAUAUAAGGUGGUCAGUACUGCUGUGAGAUAAGAUGUUUCCUUGUUUGUUUGUGCUGUUUUGUCUUUGUCGUUUGGCUUGAUCAUGAUAAAUAUUCAAAAUAAAGUGCAUACGCACACCUCGCUUGGUUGUUCUCCCAAAGAA